AUGUCGUCGCCGGGAACCUGCUACUCGGACAGAGACCCGUCGUCGCCUUACUUGGACCAACCUGUCAUCCCGAAGCUCAAGAUGUCCAAGGACCCAGCCCCGAUGUCCAAGUACAAGCCUCGUGGUGUCAUCAAGUACUUUCCCUUCGAAAACGUGGAUGACGCGACCCGCCGCGAGGUUCACCGUUUCCGGGUGACGCCUUUUGGUAGAAUCCAGGAGUCCUGCGCCCAUAUCCCUUACAACAGCGGCAAGAAAGACUUUUUCGAGAAGACUGGACGAGAGAGCUUUGAAGUUUUCAAGUACGAGUUCAAAAAUCCGGGUGAUGAUAACGACUACACUGUCAUGUGGGACUACAAUAUCGGUCUCGUCCGCAUGACCCCGUUCUUCAAGUGCUGCAAGUACUCCAAGACGAUGCCGGCAAAGAUGCUGGGCCUCAAUCCUGGUCUCAAGGAUAUCACCCACAGCAUCACAGGAGGCGCAAUAGCAGCUCAAGGAUACUGGAUGCCGUAUGAAUGUGCCAAGGCAGUGUGUGCUACUUUCUGCUACGGCAUCGCCGGGGCCCUCAUCCCAAUCUUUGGACCGUCGUUCCCGUCCUUGUGCACUCCUCCAGGCUCUCCGGACUACCAGCGCAUGGCGAUCGAUCAUCGGAUCGUCGAGGACGCCAUCAAGGAUGCCGAACUUUCACGAAAGGUCCAGCACCAUGCUCUCCCGCCCAUAGAGCUGAAUCAAGUUUCCAAUAUCGAACGCCGCCCCAUACGCACCCUGCGGGAUGACAAGAGACUUCGACUCGACACUCGUCUGAUGAGCCCUUACAGCGAUACUGACGGGGAGAGCCACCGCUCGUGCCCCGACUCGGCGUCGAGCAACAGCUCUGAGGGCGUCGGCUACAGCUACGGACACCAUCCGGCACCGCCGCGACACUCCAAGCAGCUGCCGCCGACCUCGGGCUGGACGGCCGCAAACCGGCCCGCACAGCCGUACCGUCUCGUUGACGAGAGCUACCGGCCAGCCGACCCGUACCUCAGCGCCGUGCCCCGUUGGACGCCCGUGAACAGACACGUCGUCACCCCGCCUCGUCCGGCGUGGGCGCACAAGCGCACCAUCGACCACGAUGACCACGACGGCCAUGACGCCGCCGGCCGCGACAGCAGGAAGGGUAAGCACGACAGCAGCCCCGUGCUGAGAUACGCGUCAGAACAGCGGAAGGAGGAGGAUUCCGAGGCCGACAUCGCCGAGCAGAACGCCGCGCUCGGCCUCAUGACGCUCAUGACGGCGCCCAGGAAGGAGGUCGAACUCGUCGGCGACGGGGCCGGCGGCGACUCGCAUCGCAGCAAGAGGAGAAGGGCCACGUCCGCGUGA